AUGGGAUGCUCGGAAUAUUCCAAUGUGAAUGUCGAAGACCGAGUAAAGCGGCUUCAACGGCUUCUUGGCCUUCAGCAUCUGCUCCACCUGUAUAAUGAUGCCUGCGGUACUGUCGCACUCCACGAAGCCAGAAUCAAACAGCUCGAAAGCACUGUUGCUGACCAAGGUGCCAUUGCUGAAGCAAAGUCCCCGCAUUACGAGAGCUUGAUGAAGAAGGUCACCCAAGAGGCUGAGCUCAAACUUGCCACCGCAGAAAUGGAUCACGAGCAGGCCAUGGUUUCUUUCCGGGAAGGGAUCAAGGCCCCUGCCAUCGUCUCCUUGCUACAAGCCCGCAUCAAGAUGGCCUACGGGGCCAAGGAGACAGGCCUCGUAUGCCCGGCCUGGCCGGUUGACUCUUGGGCGGCCAAACUGAAGAAGCUUGGAGGAAAAGCUGUGCCACUCCCCGCAGAAGCCGCUUUUAUUUUAAAAAUCGAUAUCGAAAAAGCAUACGAUUCGAUUAAUUGGGUUUUCAUUGAAAAAGUUCUUGAGCAAACGGGGUUCCCCGGUAGAUGGAGGAUGUGGGUAAGAGGCAUUUUGACAUCUGCGAGGGCAUCGGAAUUAAUAAAUGGGUCUCCGACUCUUGAGUUUCAAUGUUAUCGGGGGGUGCGUCAAGGUGAUCCGUUGUCUCCGUUCAGCCUGAAACUAACUCAUUUAUGCUUUGCCGAUGACCUGUUUAUUUUUUGUGGGGCGGAUAUUGGAUCUGUGAAGGUUAUAAAGGAUGCUUUGAAUGAAUUCAGUUCUGUGUCUGAUUUGGUUCCCAAUAUGAAUAAAAGUGAUGUAAUUUUUGGUAAUGUUGAUGAGAAGGUUCAGAAGUUGAUUCUUGAUAUUUUACCUUUUAGAGUUGGAGUUUUUCCUAUGAAGUAUCUAGGGAUUCCGCUUUCUUCUAAGAGGUUGUAUCAGAAAGAUUGUAAAGCGUUAAUUGAUAGAGUGAAGGGGAGGAUUUCUGACUGGAAGGUUAAGUUUUUAUCCUUUGCUGGUAGAGUUCAGUUAAUAAAAUCUGUCUUAUCUUCUAUCACUAUAUAUUGGUCUUCGUUGUAUAUCCUUCCUGUUGCUAUCAGUGAAGAAAUUGAAAGGCUGCUGUGUGGUUUUUUGUGGAGUCAGGGGAGGGGAAAUAAGGGGAUGGCUAGAGUAAAAUGGGAGGAAAUUUGUAUGGCUAAAUGUCAAGGAGGAUUGAAUAUAUCUUCUCUGAAAAUCCAGAAUAUUGCUUUGAUGUCGAAGCGUAUGUGGAAUGUUUUGUCUAAUAAGGAUUCUUUAUGGGUGAGGUGGGUUGGAAAAUACAAAUUAUGCGGUAAAAGUUUUUGGGAAGUUAGUGAGACUAGUGUUGAUUCUUGGAGUUGGAGGCAAAUUUUGCAGCAUAGAAGUAUGUUUAGAGAAAAACUCUAUGAUGUGAUAGAUAAUGGGAAGGGUGUGAGGGCAUGGCUUGAUCUUUGGCAUGAAAAGGGUAUUCUUCUGAAUAGUAUUAAUAGGCGUGAUAUAAAGACUGCGGGUUUUACUAUGAAUACUAGACUUGUUGAAAUUUUUUAUGGCAAAGAAUGGAAGCUUCCUCAGGAUUCGUUCUCUAAAUAUCCUUGGUUAGUUUCUUCUAAUAUUCAUCAGUAUAAUGCUUUAAGAGAAGAUAAGUUUAUGUGGAAAAUGGAGAACGGGAAGUUGGAAGAGUAUGCUGUUAAAAGAGUGUAUAAAACUCUUUGUAUGAAUGGCCCUAAGGUUCUUUGGAGUAGUGCUAUUUGGUUUAGUCAAAAUAUCCCGAAGCAUGCAUUUAUUUUAUGGUUGGCUUUUAAAUUCCGGUUACUUACUCAAGACAGGUUACUUAAAUGGGGUUAUGAAGGUGAUCUGAGGUGUGCGUUAUGCAGAAAAUGUCCUGAUAGUCAUAGGCAUUUGUUUUUUGAAUGUGAGUAUGCAUUGGCUGUGUGGAGAAGGUGUAAAGUAUUUGGUAGAAUGAAUGAUGCUCCUAAUUCAUGGCCUGAUAUCAUUAGGUUUGUGGAAGAAAAGGGUUUAUUAAAUUCUGUAUGGGGUAUUAUUGGGAAAUUAGUUCUCGCUGCUUCAGUGUAUUUUAUUUGGCAAGAGAGGAAUUGUAGGCAUUUUGGGGAGGGGAAGCGUUCAGUGCAGCAGUUAUGUGGUACAGUUUUUGAAACUGUUAGAAUGAGGUUGCUGGGUCUAUGCUUUAAAGAUACUCCUAAUGUGAGAAUGGUUGCUGACAUUUGGGGUUUUGAAGUGAAGACUAAAGGUAAUGGUAUUAAUCUUAAUGGGGUUGCAAAUGUGGGGGUUGGUUGA